AUGUCGCAAGUGGGCGAUUCGGUCGAGGAAAAAGCUCAUAACGAGAAAAUGGUCGAUUCGCGGAAAACGUCGUCGAUAUUGUGCUUCAAUCUCACUCGUUAUCUGAUUCUGAUUCUGACCUUGACAUGCUUGACUUUGCUCCAAAUGAACUCUCUAACCUUCAACUUCACAGUCAUCUGUAUGUCGGACAUUGUCGACGAAUCCCAUGCUCUCAACCCCAACGCCACCCACUGGUUCGAAGACAGCAAUAUGAAAUCACUGGUUUUCUCGACCAUGGCCAUCGGAGGCCUUCUGGGUCUUCUCGCCGCCAUGCCCCUGAUGCAUCGAGUUGGCGUGCGUAAGGUUUUGAGCAUUUGUGGUGUCUUCUCAAUUAUUGGAACCGUUCUUUUCCCGUUGGCAGUGGAAUGGAAUUUCGCUAGUGUGCUCGUAGUGAGGUUUCUGCAGGGGCUGGGCAUCAGUAUGGUGUUCACCGUGCUUGGCUCGGUGCCAAUCGCCUGGGCCCCAAACAACGAAUCCAGCACUUUUUUGGCAGUCUUGUCGUGCGCUUUUCAGAUGAGUAACGUUAUCUGCAUGCCUAUCUCCGGCUUCCUCUGCGAGUCCUCCCUUGGCUGGCGUUCCAUCUACUACCUUUUCGGAAUCAUCACCACCAUCUGCUUCCUCAUCUUCUACUUCUUCUACACCGACUCUCCAAAAGACCAUCGCAAUGUGUCGAACCAAGAGUUGAGCCUUAUCUUGCAAGAUAAGACCACAACUCAUAAGGAGUCGGUUCCCUACCUAGCCAUCUGCAAGGAUCCAUGCGUCCUAGUGACCUGGCUGUCCAACGUCGGUGGAAAUCUCGGAUUCCUCACACUGGUGCUCUAUGGACCAACCUAUCUUCGCGAAGUGCUCCACUUCGAAGUCCGUGGCACCGGAUUCGCCAGCGCGUUGCCUUUCCUACUCUCGGCCGCCGUUAAAUCCAUCGCUGGACAGCUUUCAGAUCGGUGUAAUUUUGUCUCGGAGCGAGUUAGAUUCACCAUCUGUGGAAUCAUCUCCAGACUGGGUCUAGCAGUCGGUUAUAUCGGAAUGGCCACCACGUCGAGCACCCUUGUAGCUCAGAUCGCGUUCACAUUCUCUAUUGCAGUUUCCGGGUUGAAUAUCAUGGGAACCGUAAAGUGUCUUCAGCUGCGCUGCAAACAACAUGUGCACUUUGCCGUCUCCACCAUCGCUCUCAUGGCCUAUGUGAUUCAAUUCGGCGCUCCGAUCCUUGUCGGUAUCAUUUGUCCGGAUAACACGCCCGAACAGUGGGGAUGGCUAUUCAUGAUCAUCGGAGUGAUCGUAUUCGCCACCAGCGCUCCAUUCCCAUGGUUUACCACCGCCGAGCCAGCCGAGUACACUUUGCCUAGAGAACAACAGGAGGAAAUGAAGAAGCAGCGAGAAUUGGAGGAAUGUUGUUAG